GAGCCGGGCUCCCGGCGGAGCUGCAGAGCCGCUGGGGUGGCCGAGCCGCCUGCGAGGCCGGGAUGGCGGCGCCGCUCGCUCCACGCCGGGGAGCCGGGGCUGCCGGCCGGCGCUGGUCGGUGCUGCUGUCGCCCCUGCUGCUGCUGGUGCUGCUGCGGGCGCGGCCCGCGGGGGCCCUGGUGGAGGGGCUGUACUGCGGCACGCGGGACUGCUACGAGGUGCUGGGCGUGAGCCGCUCGGCCGGCAAGGCGGAGAUCGCGCGGGCCUACCGCCAGCUGGCCCGGCGCUACCACCCCGACCGCUACCGGCCCGAGCCCGGCGACGAGGGCCCCGGGAGGACGCCGCAGAGCGCCGAGGAGGCUUUCCUGCUGGUGGCGACCGCCUACGAGACUCUGAAGGAUGAAGAAACACGAAAAGAUUAUGACUACAUGCUGGAUCAUCCAGAAGAGUACUACAGCCAUUACUACCACUACUAUAGCAGGCGCCUAGCCCCUAAAGUAGAUGUUAGAGUAGUGAUUUUGGUCAGCGUGUGUGCUAUUUCGGUGUUUCAGUUUUUCAGUUGGUGGAAUAGCUACAAUAAGGCAAUCAGCUACCUAGCCACAGUACCCAAGUACCGGAUUCAAGCUACAGAAAUCGCCAGGCAGCAGGGGCUGCUCAAAAAAGCCAAAGAAAAAGGCAGAAACAAAAAAUCCAAAGAGGAAAUUCGUGACGAGGAAGAGAACAUCAUAAAGAACAUUAUAAAAAGUAAAAUAGAUAUAAAGGGAGGCUAUCAAAAACCCCAAAUAUGUGAUCUUCUUCUGUUUCAAAUUAUCUUAGCUCCUUUCCACCUGUGCUCUUAUAUAGUCUGGUAUUGCCGAUGGAUCUAUAAUUUUAACAUCAAAGGCAAAGAAUAUGGAGAAGAAGAGAGACUAUAUAUCAUACGUAAAUCUAUGAAGAUGUCAAAGUCUCAAUUUGAUAGUCUAGAAGAUCAUCAGAAAGAAACUUUUCUUAAACGGGAACUCUGGAUAAAGGAGAAUUACGAGGUCUACAAACAAGAGCAAGAGGAAGAAUUAAAGAAGAAAUUGGCAAAUGACCCUAGAUGGAAGAGGUAUAGGAGAUGGAUGAAGAAUGAAGGGCCUGGACGGUUAACAUUUGUGGAUGACUAAAGAUUGGUGGAGUGCUAAUAUGCCAAACCUGAAUCAUGAUUUUAUUUUCAUAACUGAAUUAUUUUAGAAAUGUAUCAAGUGACUGCUCCUCAGCAGUAACUAAAAUUCCUCAAGUGUUUGAUUGAAGAGAAUAAUGUAGAAAUUUAAAUUUUUCCCUUAAAACUUUAUACAUAAGACAUUUAUGAUUAUUCAAUUUUUAUAAUCUGUGGAUUUUGUUAAAAAAUUUCAUGUGGAGAUUUAUUAGUUGCCAUUUAAAAAUUUUAUAUGUUUAGUUAAAAGAUUUGACAUGAAAAUUUAUUAGAUACCAUUUAAAAUUUUU